GUAAAUAAAGCAAACUGAAUCUAACCUCCCUCUCAUGUCAGUGAAAUAAACAAAACACGUUCGCAGUCGUCAAUAUUAUGCAGCUAUAAUUUUAGUGUCAUUUGCUUAAAAUGAGUCUCAUGAUGUACCUGCUUCGCCACUCCAAGAAUUCUACUUUCCUUCCCAAACCAGCUCAAAUAUCAGAUGUUUUACAGAGGUCUUCAUCUUCAAAUGAUAAGCCGUUGUCUCCCAGAAUGCAAGAAUUUCGAGAGAAGUUACGACGAGAGAAGACACCGAUAACUAAACUAGAAGAACUUGAAGGACCACAUCCACACCAAGAAAAGGAACCCUUACCUCCAUGGCCUAACAAUACAAAUCCACAUACCGGUGAAGUAGGCGGUCCUAGAGGGCCUGAACCGACAAGGUACGGAGACUGGGAGAGGAAAGGACGUGUUAGUGAUUUUUAAUUGUUAUUUAUAGACAAAUUUUUGUGAAUUUAUACAUAUUUGUUGGGUUAUCUUCUGGGAAGACAAUAGAUGUUUACUUAAGUAAUA